ACCGUAGACCCUCCCACACCGUAAAAUCAAAAACCCUCCCUUCCUCUUCCUUCUCUUCUUCUCUCUUUUCACUAUGCUCGCGCGUCUCCUAGCUCUCUCUCUCUCUCUCUCUCAGUCUAGCAUCUAUGAUUUCUCCUCGAGUUCUCCCCAACUUUCUGUGUUUCCUCUGAGUACGCUCUCUCGUUCUGUGAGGGACUUUGUGGUUGAGCAUUUGGAAUGGCGGUGUACAGGAUAGAGCGAGGGGAUCUGUGGAAGAGCAAGGCGGAAGCGCUCUCGCUCCGCCUCAGGGACCGCUUCCGAGUGGCGGUGGACCGGCGCCGCCGGAAGCAGCCGAUGCUUUUUUCCGGCGACGGUUACUUAUCCACCGUCGAUCGUUUGCUCCGCCGCUUUCGCGAUUUCCGCAGGGAUUCCUUGCCCUCUUCUUCCGUUUUCUAUCGCAAAGGAGUGAGUAAAGACUUCAAUGCUGAAGAAGAGUCCGUCCUUGUUCGCAUGCUUCAAGCUGUGGCUGUUCCUGUUCUUGGAAAUGUUUGUCAUGUGUUUAUGAAUGGCUUAAAUCGUGUUCAGGUUUAUGGUUUAGAAAAAUUGCAUGACGCAUUGCUGCACAGACCCAAGGAGAAGUCUCUUAUUACGGUCAGCAAUCAUGUUGCUUCUGUGGAUGAUCCAUUUGUUAUUGCUGCGCUGCUUCCUCCAAGUGUUCUUUGGGAUGCUCAAAACUUGAGAUGGACACUUUGUGCAUCUGAUCGUUGUUUUACCAAUCCCGUGUUUUCUGCAUUCUUUCGAUCUGUCAAAGUAUUGCCAGUUGCUCGUGGUGAUGGUAUUUAUCAGAAGGGCAUGGAUAUGGCUAUUGCAAAAUUGAAUCGUGGUGGGUGGGUUCACAUCUUCCCUGAAGGUAGUCGCUCUCGGGAUGGUGGAAAAACCAUGCGGUCUUCCAAGAGAGGUGUUGGAAGGUUGGUCCUGGAUGCAGACAAUAUUCCGAUGGUUAUUCCAUUUGUACAUACUGGGAUGCAGGAGAUCAUGCCUGUCGGAGCCAAAAUCCCAAGAAUUGGAAAGACGGUAACAAUACUUAUUGGGGACCCUAUCCAUUUCGAUGAUUUGCUCAACGUGGAAGAAGCGCAACACACAUCAAGAGGAAAAUUAUACGAUGGUGUAUCUUCAAGAAUUGGUCACCGAUUACAUCAAUUGAAGAUUCAAGUUGACAGGUUAGCACUUGAACAAGCAACACAAUUACAAAAUCAUCCUGUACGAAGUGUAGAACAAACAGCUGGGAUCUUGCAGCUACUUGACUGGGAAUCCCUUGGGAUGGGAAGCUAUUUAUCAACUGAAGAUGAUUCUUCACUGACGCAAGAAUCAGAGAUCCCACCAAGGCUAGAUGCUACGUAUUCUCAGGAGCCUGCUUCUUCACUGGGGCAAGAAUCACAGAUACAACCAAAGCUAAAUUACACCUAUCUCAAAGUGGGUUUGUCCUAUGGAGAUGGGAUUGUGUCCAGGAUGCGUGGUUAUAUGGAUCCUACUGAGCUAAUGGGUUUUGCUGCCAGAGGCUUAUUUAUGAAUCUAAGAUCAAAGGAAUUUUCAGCAAGUUACGGAGAGGUUGGCCCCUUGAAGGCAUGGAAACAAUUUUUGGAAGAUAAUGUAUUCCGGCAGUGGAACUACUGCUAACAAAUUAUACUAUACUACCGUCAAGGCUGUUGUAUUUCCAAAUUCAGUGUAAAUACUAGUGGAUUCAAGAGUGAUGUGAUUUGAUGCAUGCAUUGCCAA